GUUAUUCAUUGUAAGCUCAUAAAUACCUUUACCAGCACCUCUACACUAUCCUCCACUGCAGGUGAUUAAUUUGGAAAAAUGUCUGACUUGAUAAUCGAAGAAGAUACCGACAUCAGCGAGUCCGAGUUAGAAGACCAUGCCGAUUCUUGUUAUGAGAAAUUGAAGCAAGCUGGUGAGACAGUGAAAAUAUCAGAAACUGAAUACCGUUGCCCCUAUUGUCCUAGAACAAAGAAGCGGAUAUUUGGAUUCAAUGAUCUUUUACAGCACGCAUCUGGGGUAAGCCGUGGCUCACAGAAGAGGGGGAUAAAAGAUAGAGGAAGGCACUUAGGCCUGGUGAAAUAUAUUCAGAAGGAACUCAAAGGUGAGAGUAUUCCAGAAAAUACAGUGGACAACAAUGAGAUUCACAAAAGCUGUGAUCUGAACGAGCUUUAUGUGUGGCCAUGGAUGGGGAUUGUAGCAAAUAUUCCCGUUGAGUGGAAGAAUGGGCGUUAUACUGGGCAGAGCGGCUCAAAACUUAGGGAUGAGCUGACGGAGAAGGGAUUUAACCCGUUGAGGGUUCACCCUUUAUGGAACUUUAAGGGUUUCUCUGGAUAUGCGAUUGUGGAAUUUAGGAAUGAGUGGCUUGGACUUAGCGACGCCUUGAGGUUUGAGAAGGCGUAUGAGGUGAUUCAUCAAGGAAAGAGUGACUACUUUGAGACUGAAAAUUAUUGGGGCAAGCUGUAUUGUUGGGUGGCUAAGGAUGAUGAUUUCCAUGCAGAAAAUGUGGUUGGUGACUAUCUAAGAAGGAAUGGAGAUUUGAAGACAUUAACGCAGUAUCAAGAGGAAGAGCACACUAAAAAUAGCAAACUACUCUCCAAUUUGACGAGCACGGUUGAAGGUCAGAAUAUGCGGCUUAUAGAAAUGGAAACCAAGUACAAAGAGACUUCCGUAUCCCUGAGCAGUUUGAUGAGCCAAAAAGAUGAGAUGCUCCAAGCUUUUAAUGAAGAAAGGAAAAAGAUGCAGCAGACUGCGAGACAUCAACUCCAACAGAUUUUUCAAGAGCAUGAAAGAACCGCAAUGCAGCUGGAAGUGCAGAGGAAUGAGCUUAAGCAGCAUGAGAAAGAGCUGGAGGAACGUGAAGCUCGGAAUGAGAACGAGAGACUAAAGCUUAGUUAUGAAAAAGAACAGAAUGAGAGAGCAAUCUUAGAGCAAAAGAGGGCCGAUGAAAAUGUUUUAAGGUUGGCAGAAGAUCAUGAGAGAGAGAAAGAAGCACUACAGAGAACAAUGAUCGAAUUAGAAAAGAAACUCGAUGCAAAGCAUGCCCUAGAGCUGGAGAUACGAUGUCUCAAAGGGAAUUUGCAGGUAGCAAAGCACAUAGGAGAUGAUGGGGAUGAUGGAGAUGAGGAAGUAACGAAGAAGUUGCAUAGCAUAGAACAAGAACUAAAAGACAAGGAAGAAGAACUUGAAGAUCUUGAGCAACUCAGUCAAGCUCUUAUUAUCAAAGAACGCAAAAGCAAUGAUGAAUUACAAGAAGCUCGAAAGGAAUUAAUUGCGGUUUUGAUGGAACUAUCGUCUGAGGCGUCCAUUGGAAUCAAGAGAAUGGGUGAGCUAGAUAGUAAAGCCUUCAUAGCAGCAGCUAAAAGAAAGUACAUGGAGCACGAAGUAGACGAGAAAGCUGCUGAGCUAUGUACUGGGUGGCAAUAUCAACUAAAGAAAGCCAAUUGGCACCCUUUCAAGAAUGUUCCAGCUGAAGAUGGUAUAGGUCACAAGACAAUCGUGGAUGGAGAAGAUAAGAUAAUGAAAAAACUGAAGAACCAGUUAGGUGAAGACGCUUACCGAGCUGUGGCAACUGCUUUGAUGGAGCUGAAUGAGUACAAUCCCAGUGGCAGAUACGUAGUUUCGGAGCUGUGGAAUAAUGACCACGAAAGAAAAGCAACUCUCAAAGAAGGAAUUUCACAGUUGCUGGACCAAUGGAGGAUGCUGAAAAAGAAGAAACGGUGCUAGAUUCCUGGCUAGCUAACUUAGUAGGAAACACAGGGGAAGGUUAUUUCUGGAAAGAGUGCAGUCGACUUGGGUAAAGGUUACAUACUUCUGGUGAAUAAUUGGUAUUAUUUUGGCCCUUGAUUCUGAUCAUUUUUUGUCAAUCGAUGUUUCUAACUGAUUUUGAUAGAUAAGUAGUUGAGACAGAUGGUGCCCGGAAAUCCUCUAGCACCGUUUCUCGGUUAUAUUUUAUUCUUAUAGACACCUAGCUCCUUAAAACUAAACUGCAUCAAGUAAUUUUGUCAAAUGUUUGAUUAGUGU